UCUAAAUAAUAACAAUAAAAUUGAAGGUAGAGGAGGAACCAGAAGGCCGGGAGGAGGACACGCCGACAGUACAACGGCCAUGGCUGUCGUUGCUCCGAUUUCCCUUCUUAGCUUUAGCCCCAACUUCAAUUCCUCUCACAAAGCGCGUUCCUUAAGCUCCAAAGCUUUUCUAGGGAUAACUGGUCUCCUCUCUUCUUCUCUUUCUUCUCCGUUCAUCCUUCCUCGGCGUUCAUGAGCCGUGUGCUCUUUCGAAUUGCGAGGAGAAGGCACUCCUCUUGCAUAAAAUGCUCUGCAGCGAACAAGCAGUCUCCUUCUACCGAGAUAAGCUCAACAGCCAAGAUAAGAAGUGAAGUUCUCUCUCCCUUCCGUUCCGUUCGAAUGUUCUUUUACCUCGCCUUCAUCGCAAGCGGUGCUGCAGGAGGACUGAUAGCCAUCACUCAAUUAAUAUCCGCUCUUACAGAUCCAUCAAAAACUCUACUGCUGCCCGAGGUCUUAAAGGGCCUCGCCAUAGAUGCAAGCGCAGUUUUCCUUUUCUAUUUUCUGUAUUCAAGGGAGAACGAAGCAAAGAAUGUUCAGUUAGCCAAGCUGUUCAGAGAAGAAAGCCUUUCUCAGCUGAAGCUACAGAUUGAUCAGAAUAAGAUAAUUGCCGUCAAUGAUCUGCGGGGAAUUGCGCGACUUGUCGUCAUUGCCGGCUCUGCGUCUUACAUUAACGAAUCGUUCAAGCUCAGCGAAGCAUUUACGGACAGCCUUCUUGAACGAGGCGUGUUGGUGGUUCCAGUAUCCACUGAUAAGACGAAACUUGAGUUUGAAUCAGCAGAGCGUAAAGGGGAGAUUUUUAUUGAUGAAAGGAGGAAGAAGCUCUGGCAGCUGAGGCCUGUUAACGUUGCAGAAUGGAGAAAUUGGAUAGAUGAGCAGAAGAAACUGGCUACUGUUCCGCUUGAUUCUCCUGUGUGAGUACUCUUUCAUCUUCUUCAUACCACUUAAUUCCUAUGUAUUUACAUUUCUAUCACCUACAUUUCAUACCUUAACUAUCACUUUUUAAAAAUUAAAAUAAUGGUAUUUUGUAUAUGAUAUGAAAGAUUUGGGUGGUAUAC